CUCUACUCCUCCCCCCCCCCCCCCUCCCCCAACCUGAGAAGUGACCAAUGCCGUACAAACCCUAGUGGCCCAUCCCUGAUCUCGCGCAGCCAUGGGCAACUGCUGCCGCUCGCCGGCAGCGGCGGCGCGGGAGGACGUCAAGUCGUCGCACUUCCCCACCUCGACCGGGAAGAAGAAGCCCCACCAGGCGCGGAACGGCGGCGGCGCGGGGGGAGGCGGAGGCGGAGGCGGCGGCGGCGGCGGGGAGAAGAAGCUGCUCUCGGUGCUCGGGGAGGAGGGGCGCGACGUGAGCGGCGGGAUCGACGAGAAGUACGCGCUGGACCGGGAGCUGGGCCGCGGCGAGUUCGGGGUGACGUACCUGUGCAUGGAUCGGGGCUCCAAGGAGCUGCUCGCGUGCAAGUCCAUCUCGAAGCGGAAGCUGCGGACGCCGGUCGACGUGGAGGACGUGCGCCGGGAGGUGGCCAUCAUGCGGCAUCUGCCCAAGAGCCCCAGCAUCGUCACGCUCCGCGAGGCCUGCGAGGACGACGGCGCCGUGCACCUCGUCAUGGAGCUCUGCGAGGGAGGGGAGCUGUUCGACCGAAUCGUCGCGCGGGGCCACUACACGGAGCGCGCGGCGGCCGCGGUCACGCGCACCAUCCUCGAGGUCGUGCAGCUCUGCCACCACCACGGCGUCAUCCACCGCGACCUCAAGCCCGAGAACUUCCUCUUCGCCAACAAGAAGGAGAACUCCCCGCUCAAGGCCAUCGACUUCGGUCUCUCCAUCUUCUUCAAACCCGGCGAGAAAUUUUCUGAAAUUGUCGGAAGUCCCUACUAUAUGGCUCCUGAAGUGCUGAAGAGAAACUAUGGACCUGAAAUAGACAUAUGGAGUGCUGGCGUUAUCUUGUAUAUCUUGUUAUGUGGCGUUCCUCCAUUUUGGGCUGAGACUGAACAAGGAGUGGCACAAGCUAUCCUUCGUGGAAAUAUAGAUUUUAAAAGAGAACCCUGGCCCCAAGUUUCUGAUAAUGCUAAAGAUCUAGUUCGGCAGAUGCUUCAGCCUGAUCCGAAAAUUAGGCUAACGGCAAAGCAAGUUCUUGAGCAUACAUGGCUUCAAAAUGCUAAGAAAGCUCCAAAUGUUCCUCUUGGAGACAUUGUAAAGUCAAGACUGAAACAAUUUUCAAGGAUGAACAGAUUCAAAAGAAGGGCUCUAAGGGUUAUUGCUGACCACUUGUCGGCUGAAGAGGUUGAGGACAUAAAAGACAUGUUCAAGGUGAUGGAUACUGAUAAUGAUGGUAUAGUCUCUUAUGAAGAGUUGAAGAGCGGGAUCGCAAAAUUUGGUUCUCACCUUGCAGAAUCUGAAGUGCAGAUGUUAAUUGAAGCUGUGGAUACAAAUGGUAGAGGGGCACUAGAUUAUGGCGAAUUUUUGGCUGUCUCGCUUCAUUUACAAAGGAUGGCAAAUGAUGAGCACCUUCGGCGGGCCUUCCUAUUUUUUGACAAGGAUGGCGAUGGAUUUAUUGAGCCAGGGGAGCUUCAGGAGGCCCUGGUGGAGGAUGGGACUGCUGAUAUCACAGAAGUGGUGAAGGACAUAUUGCAAGAAGUUGACACAGACAAGGAUGGCAAAAUUAGUUUUGAAGAAUUCGUAGCGAUGAUGAAGACUGGCACAGACUGGAGAAAGGCAUCCCGGCAUUAUUCGAGAGGUCGCUUCAAUAGCCUUAGCAUAAGGCUUAUCAAGGAUGGAUCUGUAAAGCUGGGAAAUGAGUGAAAUUGCAGACUUGCAGCUGGUGCUCUUACUAGCUCGUGUAAGUCUGGACCUCAGGCCCAGUAAGCAGAGACUUCCUUCUCUAAUGAUUAUUUUGGCGGAAAUUUAGAUAGGACCCCCCCUGAUUGGCUUACUCGUGUAAGUAGCUUUCCACGGUAUCGCUGAGGAGCACGCACUGAAUGACGCACCAACCGCGGUGCUCCUGUUUGCUUGCCCCCUUCCUGAUAUCUCCUUUUGCUGUACCUUCUGCUAAGUGUUGUACCAUAAUUUGUUGUUUCCCUGAAAUGCACUUUGUUGGCUUGAUGGAUUCGUUUGUAUGGGUUAAGAAAUAGAAAUGUCUUGUAGUAAGAUGUGAUCGGUAA